AUGUUUGGUCUCUUGAAUACAACACAAAUUUAUGGCAUUCAAACUCAAACGCAACAACAACCACAACAUCAUCAAGGACAUGAACCACAACAACACUAUCCAAUAAGUUUUCAUCCAGAACACAAAUCAUCCGAUACAUUAUCCAGUUGUAAUAAUUCCAAAGGACAUCAUCGUCGUACGGCCUCAUCAGUAUCCGAUACAAGCAGUUCGACAACAACAACAAAUAAAUUUUUCACCAACAUAACCUCAAAAAGUCCCACGAAUUUUUUAGAGAAAUUCCUUAAAAGUGAUUUACUCAAUACCUAUGAUACGUUGAAAAAUUAUCGUAAUAGUUUUCCCUCUACAAAUAAUUCCCAGACAACGAAUAAAAGAUAUUCCGAUCCGGGAAGUGCAGCAGGACAGGAAGGUUUUAGUUUCAAUUGCCUGCAUGGUAGCUAUAGGCAUAGUUUUGAUGGUGAAUUCUAUGAAAAGGCUGAAGUGAAAGGCAACAAUCACAACAACAAGAAAAAAUCCCAAAAUCCUAUAGAAGAAGUAGAGGGUAAUCCAUCCUCCUCAAUCAGCACUCGUUUGUGUUCAGUUCCAAAUCUAUCUAGUGAAAUGACAAUUAAAUGUUCCAAAAACCUCUUGGCUGUUGAACCUGAGGUCCAAGGACCUGCCACUCUACAAAAUUAUCAAAAAAUUCCCGAAAGUGAACAUGACCUGUUGGUAGAUUCAUUACUGGUGGCAUCCAGCGGUGCCAGUUCGGGAGAAUUUAAUAGCAGCAGUGAUGCCACAACACAAAGUUCCAGUGGUGGUGGUUCCGGUGGGGGCUCCUCAUCGUUUUCGUCAUCCUCAUCGAAUCUGUAUAAAAGGCUAUCGUUUGGUGGUAUGCGUAACUCACAGAAGCAACAGGAGAAGAAUGGAGAUAAUUCACAGCAGCAACAGCAGACGGAGGGGGUUACUGACAACUCCACCCUCAGCUUGAAUCUACUACCCAAAGUAAUCGAUUUACAUCGUUCAUCAUCAUCGAAUUCUUCGUCAGGAGAUUGUCUCUCGAAAAGAGAGCAGCGUAAAAAAGGAGCCAUGACACCACAGCCACAAAAGACCCCGCUCUCACAAUUACUCUCCUCACCCACCUCGCCCACACCAGGUAACCCAACGAUCUCAUCAUCCACCACAUCCACGUCCAUGUCACCCCAUGAAAAAGCCCAGCGCCGCAAACUACUCCAAAUGCUCGCCCAGUAUGAUCAGCAAAAUAAAUUCCUUCAACGUGAAUUAACCAAAGAAAAGCGAAGACGUUCCGAAGAACUGGCCUGCGUCGUCAAAUCUCUGCUGUGUUUCGAAUCAAAACUCAAAACAGAUAUGAAAUCCGUUAAUCAACGAUUGGCCACCAAGGAUGGUGAAAUAUGCCGUUUGGUUCGACAAAACCGUGCCUUGCGCAAGAAGUUAUGUCGCCUACGACAGGAGGCCAGUGAAUGUGCCCGCGAUGAAGGUGUCGUUGAAGAUGGUGAUGCUGAAAAUGAUAUGAUGGAUACGAAACUGUCCAAGGAUUUACUUGAUGACGAUGACGAAGCAGCAGAUGCAGAAUGUCUAGUUAUGGAAGCCCUGCAAUGCAUUAAUUGCCGUCGGCAAUUCUAUGAUAUUGAGGUGCAAGAGACCGGUACACAGACCACAAUUAGCCUGGCAACGGCAACUGGUGACGAUCCCACAACUGAACACGGCUCUUCGAGUGAUGAUACCGUUUCGUCAUCGUUCUUUGGAGCCCGACGCAGUGUACGCUACACGAGCAAACGAACCUCUGGCACAUUUCGUGAUUAUAUGCGUUCGCGUGCCAUGAACAUCGACGAUCCCUCACUUGAAGCCGACAACAAUUCCGAAGAAUAUCCCAGCACUCUGAGCCGUGAUGAUUCACGGGAAAAUAUCUACUCACGGACCAUUGAGCGUAUGCAUGGUGUUAAGUGUAAUAGUAAUGAAAGUGAACGUGACUCGGAACAUAGUGGUGUAGAGACCAACUCGACAUUGGCUAGUACAAAAUCAUCGAAAUCUUCGGUAUCGAGUAAAUCAAUGAGCAGUAGUGGCAGCAGCAGUAAUGCCAUGGAAGAGGAUGAUGGUAUAUUUUCGCCCACACAAGAAGAUGAAGAUUUCGAUGAUGUGGAGGAGCAGGAAGGAAAUAGAUCUUUAAGAAAUGAGGAAAUAGGAACUUUGAAAAUUGUCAGAGGCAGAGCCUUGGAGGCAUUUUCCGAAGCCUCACCGAAACAGAUUUAUGAAACUUCCACAGAUGAUUGGUAUGCCAGUGCCUCGGAUCAGGAAGAAAUGUCGAAUGGUGGUGCUGUGGCGGCUGCCAAAUCCUAUGGCCAUGGUGCUGUGAAUCCGGUGCUGGAGUGUGUUAAUCAAAUUUUAUUGCAACAAUCGAUGGAGGGUAUCGAUGAUAGAUCUCAAACACCCAAGAAUUCUAGGAAUUCUUUGUCAUCAGCUCCAGCAGCAGUUGCAGUAGCAGUUACAUCUACAACAGCGUUACCUAGACGUAGCUCUUUAAGUGAUCGUAGAAAUAAUCGUAGCAAUAGUAAAUCGUCCAGCAUUGAUGGUGCUCUAACCUCAAAUUCCCGUAACGGUACCUUGACCCGUAAACGUGUACAUUUCUCCACCAAAAAUAGUAUGGUGCAUGUGCCGCGCAAUGAUGAAACCGAAGAUGAGGAAGAGGAGGCCAAAAUGAUCUCAAAUCAAUACCAGCUAACGGCAAGUGGCACCUCCGUGGCCUAUAUGACCCAUUCACCACCUAGCAAUACCAAUUCGGAAUCCUCCGAACGUUUGGAAAUUUUCAAUUAUGAAAGUAUUUAUAGUAAUGAAUAUGAACCGAUUGGUUCGGAAAUGAAUUCCUCGAAUUUAUAUGUGGAUAUGGAUGCCACAACAGUAAGCCCAGGGGUUGGGGCUAAUGGCAAGGUGGAGGGGGGGAUUUCGUUGAGGACGGCAAAACUGCCACCAGCACUGCCACCAAAACCGGCAAAUUUGUUGAAAUUCAAAAAGUCCCUACAACAAUUGGAUGAAUCGCCAGAUGAAAACCUGGAGGUUGGAGGAGACCAAGAGGCAAAGGAAGAAGUUGAGCCUUUGGUGGAACCCGAUUAUUGUUCCAUUUCCGAGGUAAAUGUGGGUAUAACCAGUGUUCAAAUACGGGCAGAUAUCCACAGGGCUCCUCUCUCGGAAAGAGAUUUAGAAUCUGUGGUGGAAAAUGACAACGAUUUGGAUACGGCCACCGUGGUGUCCGAGGCCAACUCCCAAAAGACUGAAGAAAUUGAAGAGAUUUUUGCCGAUAUACCAAAGUUACCCAAUGUGGCGGCCAUUAUUGCACCGAAAUCUGCCCUCAAACAGUCGAAUGAGUAUUUGACCAUGACACCGAGAGGGGAAAAAAUGAUGCCAAUGGUGGGUAUUAUGGCCUUGUCGCCAAAUACCCCCACGGCCAAUCAAAUGCUAAUGGUGGGGAGUAAUAAAAAACCUGAUCGUUCUGCAUUGAAAUUGAAUUUAAACAACAACAACAACAACAGCUUCAAUGCAACCCCAAUAAAAUCUGCCAAUAAAAACAAUACCCCCUCCAUUCUCAGACCCCAAUUGAGUUCGGCAAAUUACCAACAGCAAUACAAACGUAAACAUAUGCCAAAUAUUUUACAAGAGAUCAAUAAACGUAUGAGCUUGCCCAAUUCACCCAUAACUCCGACACCCCCCUCCUCGACCUUCAACAAAAGUGCCACCAUGCCAUUUGGAAAAUCAUCGAAUUCCUCCCCCAGCUUGGAGGCUUCUGAGUCGCUACACAGCCUACCCUUGCAGGCCGAAUUUGAUUGGUAUAAUUUGGAUGCGGAAUAUGGUAAAAAUUCGCAAACCGAACAGGGUAAAAUCCAUGGAGGUGGUAGUGAUAACGGCGGACUUCUUGGUAAUGGUGUUAUGUCCUCCUCCCUCUUGGCCGAUAUCAAGGAGGAUGGUGAAAGUUUAAUUAACACAGCCGAUGAGUACAAUUUGGAUGAAGAAUAUUCCGAUGAAUCUAUGACAGCGGACCAGGCCACAGAGGGAAACCAUCAGGAAGAGAAGGAGUUACAACUAAAUGAGGCCAUCAAUCCGGUGGUCAUCAUUGCCCAAAAUCAUGCCAAGGCGAAAAAAAUCAAAAAGAAUUUGGCCAAUUUUGAGAAAUUCAUUGAGACCAGCAGCAGCAGCAGUGGUGGAAAGCCGGCGCCCACAAAACGGAAAAUCUAUUUUGCCGGGCCAUUUGUGUGA